AUGGAGGAUGUUAGAGGAUUUAAGGUAGUUGAUCUUUAUGUUGAACACAAAGUUGAAGAAAUAAGUAUUGAGGAUGUUAUUUUUGAGGAGGAUAAUGGUGAAGGAGCAAAUGAUGAAGUUAAUGUGGAGGGAGCAAACAAUGAAGUUAAUGUCGAGGGAGCAAACGAUGAAGUUAAUGUCGAGGGAGCAAACGAUGAAGUUAAUGUCGAGGGAGCAAACGAUGAAGUUAAUGUUGAGGGAGCAAAUGAUGAAGUUAAUGUUGAGGGAGCAAACGAUGAAGAGGUUAGUGUUGAUGGAGUAGAUGAAGAGGUUAACGUUAAUGUUGAUGACGUAGAUGACGAGAGUGAAACAGAUCCAUAUUAUAGCAUGGGCAGUGAGGAUGACGAGGAAGAGGAUGAAGAUUUGGAAGAUGAAAUUGAUGUGAUGAAUUUAGGUGUUGAUGCUAGUAUAAAUUGGAAGACCGUUUUACCUAAUGCAGAAAAACCUUCAAAGUUGGAUGAUAAUUCCGAUAAUGGUAGUGAUUCAGAUGUGCUUCAAACUCCACCCGAUAGUGAUGCUGAAGGUGAUACGACAAAGUUUCCAAUCUUUAGGGAACCCACAAAACUUGAAGUAAGGAUGAUGUUCAAGGAUAAACAACAAAUCAAAGAUGCCAUAAAGGAGUAUGCUAUGGAGAACAAGAAGAAUCUUGUAUUUAAGAAAAAUGACAAGAAGAGAAUGGUUGUCAAGUGUGUAGAUGGUUGUCCAUUUCAUAUUAGGUUUAGCAUGAGGACUACCUUGGCAACUUGUUAG